UUAGUGUGUUAAAUAGUUUUGACGCUGCUCCGACAUGGCCCAGUGUGUUCAGUCUGUACAGGAGUUUGUUCAGGACUCGUUUGUCCCGAUGGUGGCCGUCUUAUGUAGUGAAGAAGCAGAGAGGGUGACUCGCAAGAACAACCUGAAUUUUGCGGAGCUCCUCAGGCCUUUCUGCAGACUUACGUCUGAAGGUCACAUCCGAGAUCCCAACAACCAGGUCCAGGUUGUGAAAAACCUACGUAUUCGUGUGAACAAUGUAGUGUCAAGUCCAACAACAGCAUCUACUACCCUCAGCCCUGCCCAACGUCAGCUGCUCAGUGAUGUAGUAUUAUCCUGCCAGCCCCAAGAAGGUGCUUUGACCAAUUUGAUUAUGGCAGGAGACUAUGAGCUCAAUUUCAGUGUAACAACACCCUGGUUUGAAGCCUACAGGGAGAACUUCCUGCAUUCAAUGCCUGCCUCUGAUCAUGAGUUCCUCAAUCAUUACCUUGCCUGCCUGCUGGUGGUAUCGUCCACUGAGACAGUCCCCGUGGAGCAGUUCCUCAAGCUUUCUCAAGAGCAGCACAGAAUUCAGCACAGUGGAGAAUACACUAAUCCCAAGUGGUUUAUUCCUAACACACUCAAGUACUAUGUCUUACUGCAUGACAUGUGUGAGGGGGAUGAAGAAAGGGCAGAUGUGGUUUAUGAGGAUAUGAAACAGAGGUAUGGUCCUCAGGGCUGCUAUCUGUUGAAAAUGAACUCUCGUACCUUCUCAGCUGGUGAGGAUGAACAGAUUCCAGAUCCCUGGACUCAAUACCUGCACAAGAAUAAUCUUCGUAACCAGGAUGUAUUUGAUGAUCCAGCUCCAACGCUGAAUAGUGCUGCUGUAGAGAACAAUAUUAGUGGGCCUGAAGUAGACUGCAAUUACUCAGCUGAGAAAGCAGGUGAGAUGUCCAGUAACCUAGAAAGCCAUCCUCUACAGCUAGACAGCAGCUCGGAGAACCUGCAUAACCUCAGCGUUGUGCACAGUGACAUGAAGAAAGUUGUUAAAGAUCCAGACAGCCUGGCUUUGGCUGGAGGGAGCCAUGGGGCAUGUCUGACCCUGAAUGACCAUGACCACAUACGACAAUUUAUCCAAGAAUUUACCUUCAGAGGCCUGCUGCCACACAUAGAGAAGACCAUCAGACAGCUGAAUGACCAGCUAGUAUCCAGGAAGGGUCUGAGUCGGUCUCUAUUCACUGCAACCAAGAAGUGGUUUGGUGGAGGAAAAGCUCCAGAGAAGAGCAGCAGUGAACCAAAGAGCACAUGCGGUCUUCUAUAUCCCCCAGAAGCCCCUGAGCUGCAGAUCAGGAAGAUGGCUGACCUGUGCUUCCUGGUUCAGCACUAUGAGUUGGCUUACAGCUGUUAUCAUACUGCCAAGAAAGAUUUCCUGUCAGACCAGGCCAUGCUAUAUGCUGCUGGGGCACUGGAAAUGGCUGCAGUGUCCGCCUUUUUACAGGGCGGAGCAUCGAGACCUUAUCCAGCACACUACAUGGACACUUCAAUACAGACGUACAGAGAUGUCUGCAAGAACAUGGUGCUGGCUGAGCGCUGUGCUCUACUCAGUGCUGAAAUACUCAAGAGUCAAGGAAAAUACUCAGAGGCUGCCACUCUUCUCAUUAAGAUGACCAGUGAGGACUCUGACCUGCGGAGUGCUCUGCUGCUGGAGCAGGCUGCCCACUGCUUCAUUAAUAUGCGAAACCCCAUGGUGCGCAAGUUUGCCUUCCAUAUGAUCCUAGCUGGUCAUCGUUUCAGCAAAGCAGGACAGAGGAGGCAUGCACUACGGUGUUACUGCCAAGCCAUGCAGGUGUACAAAGACAGGGGCUGGUCUUUGGCAGAAGAUCACAUCAACUUUACAAUUGGUCGUCAGUCCUUCACACUUCGCCAACCAGAGAAUGCUGUAACAGCUUUCAGACAGAUCCUGAUCAGUGACAGCAGACAGACAGCCAAACAGCAGGGCGCCUUCCUCAGAGAGUACCUCUAUGUUUAUAAGAGCGUGAUGAAUGAAAUCAACCUCCUCCAGCUUCCUCUGCCCUGCAUCCUCAGCUCAGCCACAAGAGUCUACUUUGGACACGAACGCCGCCUGGCAGAAGGAGAAAAACAGGCAGCCACUCAUGUGUCAUUGGACCAGGAAUAUGACCAGGAUUUGUCAACCAUGUGGUGCCAUCUAGAGGAGCAGCUUGUAGCGUCUGCCAAUGGGGGUGCCAUCCCAGUAAAUUUUCAACCCACCCAGUGCUGCCUCAACAGCCAGACAGACAACCUCCGUCACCCGCUCGCUGUGGUGGAAGAGCCAAUCAUAGUGGAGGUGAUGUUCAGGAAUCCUUUGAAGGUUUCUCUGGCCCUGUCCAGCCUCUCACUUCUGUGGAGGUUUACUGUUGACAGUUUCUCUUCAUCAAAGGAGAUGACAGAAGAGACCAUUACUAAUGAGGAAACCUCAGCUGGAGGGAUGAAACAGAAAGAUGAUAUUGUCACCUCUGAAAUCAUCCAGGAGUUUCAUGUGAGUCCAGAGGAGACCAAAAUGGCCCGACUCAGGCUGCUGCCACACAGAACUGGUCAGCUGAACAUUGUGGGUGUAGUGUACAACCUGGCUGCAGCUUCCUCAGGAGAAAUGGCUUCUAGCACUGAAGACCAACAGACACUGGAUUUGAUGGUUCGUGGGAAACAGGAUUUGAAGAUUCGUGGUCCACGACUUAAUCUGACCAAAGAGGACAAGAUGUCAGUUCGGCAUGGUCCAGAUCGACGUCUGGAUCCCAUCAUAACACCACCUAUGCCCCUGAUGGAGGUUUUUUUUCUGCAGUUUCCCACUGCUCUGCUGUGUGGUGAGAUCAGGAAAGCCUAUGUUGAGUUCUGUAAUGUCAGUGGUGUUGCUUUGUGUGGCCUGCGCGUGGCAUCCACACACCCUGCUUUCUUCACCUUUGGCAGCCAGGCCACAACACCUCUCAGCCCGACGUCAGCUGAAAACUGCUCAGCUUAUAAAACUUUGGCUACACCUCUCCAGCUGGACUCAGAGGCACCUGAGAGUUUGGUUUCAGCUGAGGAUUUCAGCCAGCCAUCUGGUGUGAUAGAAAUUCCAAUAGAUGGUAGCACACUGCAACCAGGGGAGUCCACUCAGCUUCCUCUCUGGCUGAGAGGACCAGACCAGGAGGGAGUCCAUGAAAUCAACUUUCUGUUCUACUAUGAAAGCACAGAGAAAGGACUCAAGAUCAGCCACCGGGUGCUGCGCCACACAGUAUUUAUCUGCGCUAGUCGGUCUUUGAGUAUACAGGCAUCGGCCUGCCGCAGCAGUGUUCCGCCACAUCACUGUCUGGAUGACAAAUGCAACGGUGGAACCCUUGUCUUUAUUGAUGUGGAGAACAUCAAUAUGAAUGAAGGUGGUGUGCGAGAGUUCCACAUCGUACAGGUGUCAAGUAGCAGCCAACACUGGCGCCUUCACAAGUACAUCAACCCAAACAAGGAUAAAGACUGUAAACUUGGCAGCAGGGAAAGAGCCAAGCUGUGUUUUAGGGCCACACGAUGCAAACCCCAUGAAGCUACCUCUGAUGCUGUAGAGAAGUACACUUUUGCAGACCUGAAUUUGGGAAACGAACAGAUCAUCAGUUCCUCCACACCAUGUGGGGAUUUCUUCUUCCGCUGCUGCACAAGUUUAGAGUCUCAGGAAGCAUAUGGGACAUCAUCCAAAACAUCAGUUAGCAAGAGUCAAAGCUCUGUACCCACUGAGGACAGAAGUUCAGACAUCACAGAUAUUGCCAAGAAGUGCAAUGAGCUGGACCUCAACGUAAUCGUCAUCUGGAAGGCUUAUGUGGUUGAGGACAACAAACAGCUUAUCCUGGAGGGCCAACUCCAUGUUGCACUGCAGACCAUCGGCAAAGAAGCCAGUUCUUUAACUGCUAAAGAGGAUGCUCAGGAGAUGGUGCUGCUCAAGUUUAAAUCAGAACUGCCUCCUCCAGUCAUUCUUCCUUCUGCAGAGCUUUCUCAGCUCAUUAAAACUAAUCUGCACUACCCUGAAACCUGCACACACCCAUUUGUCCAGGAAAGUCUCUGUUUAGUGCCAGUUACUCUGACUCUGUCCAACUGUUCCUUGGCUCAGGUAGAUGUCAUCAUUGACUUAAGACACAAAAGUGCCAGCCCAGAAUCUCUGGAGGUCCACAGCUCAUUUGCUUGGGUGGGUCAAACCCAGUACAAGCUGCAGCUAAAGCCCAAGGAGGUACUGUGUCUAACACUGCAAGCCUGUUUCCUUCAGGCGGGAGUCUACAAUCUCAGCACUCCACAAGUCUUUGCCAAGCCAGCUGAGCAAAGCACCAUGUGUGAGACAAGUCAGCAGACAGCUAGUCCUGCUCUUAUAAUCAUCAACAAUGCCUGAAAGGAACUCAAUGGCCUUCAGACACAAAUAUCUAGGCUUAACAGAGUCCACAUGAACAUACUUGUGCUUCUGAUCAAGUGGACAGCAGGAAACAGAUAUUUUUUUAGUUCAAUAAAAAAGAUGAACAGAAAUUGCAGAUGAAAUGUUCAGUUUGUGGACUUUUAUGUUAUCAACCAACAAAUAAACUGUAUAUUUCCACAUUACUUUUUUGAACUAGGCCCUCCAAUCAACUGCUUAUGCAGCCUUCAUUAUAUCUACUGUUUAACUUACUGUUUUCCCAUAUGUCACCAGCAUCUCAUUUGGUAUGCAACAAAAAGCCAUUACAAAGUCAUGUGGGGGACACAUGCUGGCACUGGACCUGAUCUAUAAUCGUCGAGCAAAGUCAGAGACAAACUGCUGCACUUAUUUUCAAGAAGUGUGUCCACAAUUAGAUAUCACUACUGGCAGUUUCUAUAUCAUUGGUUCAGUUCAGCUGGACGUACCUUUACUUCCCGACUCUAUAGACUGUUGCUGUCUACUUCAACAACUCCAGUCUGCAAAUUACUGAACUCUGAAGGACCCUUGAUAUUAAAUAGAGCAUUAGUUUUGUCAAUUAUUGCAAUACUGUAACAAGAGCUGUUUACAUCCUGAAUUGUACACCUUUUUAUUAAGUACCAUUUCCUUAUGCAUGCAUUUGAUUUUGUUUCUAGACCAGUGAGUCAAACUGUGUGUUUAACUUCAAUAUAUUGUGACUUAGCUCUUGUAUGCACUUGACUUGAGAUCUUUUCUGGAAAUUAUGUAUUAUAUUUAUAUAUAACAAAUUGGAUGUAAAUAGAAAAUAAAAAAUCUAACUAAUGAUAUGUCAUUGCUUCUGUAUAUUUUCUUCUGGGAAUUUUGGACUGCAGCAAUCUAUAUUACAGAAUUAAAUAUUCACAUGUGGUGGGUAUUUUGUACAAAAUGCAAAUGUACUGUUACAGUUUAACUACAAAAAUAAAAAUGUAAUAUCCA